AUUGGAGGGUGCUGCAGUCUUAACGUCUUUUCUGUACGUGACAACAGAUUAUCUCGAAUUCCCUCUGAAAUUUCACAAGCCACUGAACUUCACGUCCUCGAUGUUGCUGGAAACAGGCUGACGUAUCUUCCCCUCUCACUGACUACCUUAAAGCUGAAGGCUUUGUGGUUGUCUGAUAACCAGUCCCAACCUUUGCUGACGUUUCAGACAGACACAGACCCUGAAACAGGAGAAAAGAUUUUAACAUGCGUAUUACUUCCUCAAAUGCCUUCUGAGCCUGGUUGCCAAGAUAACCUACCACGAUGUGGUGCACUGGAGAGUUUGGUAAAUGAAAUGUCGGAUGAAACAUGGAAUGAGCGGGCAGUGAAUAGAGUGAGUGCAAUUCGCUUCUUAGAAGAUGAAAAAGAUGAAGAGGAUAAUGAAAUGAGAACACUUCUAAGGCGAGCCACUCCACACCCUGGAGAAUUAAAGAACAUGAAAAAGACAGUGGAGAAUUUACGGAAUGAUAUGAAUGCUGCUAAAGGACUGGAUUCAAACAAAAACGAGGUCAAUAAUGCCAUUGACAGAGUGACCACUUCCGUGUAG